AUGACUAAGAGGGAACACUGGCUGGUUGUGCAGGAGUUUGCCGAGGAAGUGAUGAGAACGAAAGAAGGAGCGGGAAUGGAGCGUCAGAGUCCAGCGUUAGAUAAGAAAAUAACUAAUGCACACUUGGUUAACCAAAACUCAAAUAAGCUAACUACAGACAGUCAAAGCAACAUUUCUAAUGAAGAGGACAAAGGAGUGGCAGUGGCUGUAAAAUCAUUAUCGCAAAAAAUUGUGCAUUCGGAUCUCAUAACAUCUAAGCAUUACAUUGAGAUGCAAAGACGGGACCCAAAAUCACCGUUAUAUUCGAUCAAAUCAUUUGAGUUACUUAGACUUCAUCCAAACUUGUUGAAAGGAGUUUAUGAAAUGGUAAUAUUAAUAAUACAUAAGUUUAUUUAUAUAAUUAACUUAUUCCACAAUCCACAUUAUAGACCCCAAAGUUUGAUUGCUCAGUCACAGUCAGGUACUGGAAAAACUGCAGCAUUUGUUUUGGCUAUGUUGAGUAGAGUUGAUCCAGAAUUUCAGUAUCCACAGGUAGUUUGUUUGUCUCCCACAUACGAAUUAGCUCUCCAAACUGGGGAAGUUGCCGCAAAAAUGUCUACCUACUGUCCAAAUGUUAAUAUAAGGUUUGCAGUUAGUGGUGAAUAUGUUGAAAAAGGUUCCAAAAUAAAGGAACAAAUAAUUGUGGGCACAGCUGGAAAGGUUUUGGAUUGGGCAACUAAGUCGAAACAUUUUGACCCUAAACAUAUUAAAGUAUUUGUGUUGGACGAAGCUGAUAUUAUGAUCGACUCUCGAGGUCAUCAAGAUCAAUGUUUCCGCAUCAGAAAGUUACUACCAGAAACAUGUCAAAUGAUUUUCUUUUCAUCCACAUAUACAGAAGAUGCCAUGAAGUGGGCCAAUGCCAUUGCACCAAUGUCUGUCAUCAUAACAUUAAAACAUGAAGAAGAAAUGUUGGAUAAUGUUAAACAAUGUUAUGUAAAAUGCAACAACAAAGAAGAUAAAUACAAUAUUUUAAUGAAUAUUUAUCUAGGAGUGACUAUUGGACAAGCUAUGAUUUUUUGUCAGACAAAAAAAAAGGCUUCAUGGUUAGUAAAUAAAAUUGCAGAACAAGGACAUGCUGUAGCUUUAUUAUCUAGUGAACUCACAGUCCAACAAAGAAUAUAUGUCUUGGACUGUUUCCGAGAAGGAGAAGAAAAACUUCUAGUUACUACCAACGCAUUGUCUAGAGGCAUUGAUAUUGGGCAGGUCACGAUUGUUAUUAAUUUUGAUUUGCCUGUAACAGUCACUCAUGAACCUGAUUAUCAUACCUAUUUACAUAGAAUAGGAUGUACUGGCCGUUUUGGUAAAAAAGGUGUUGCUAUUAACCUUGUAGGUGAUAGUUCAGACUAUUCUGUAUUGAAACAAAUUGAAGAACAUUUUGGUAUACCUAUGGAAUGUUUGAAUAACAUCAAUGCAGAUGAAAAGGAAACAUUCAAAGAGGAUGCUUGAUUUGUAAUAAUUAUCUGUAAUAUUUUUUCUUUAGAGGACCUAACACUGCCAUUAGUUGUUUCCGUCUUACAAGUGCGUAACAUAGCAAAUUUAUUGCACAGCAGAUAACGUGUAGCUUUGUUAAUUUAAAAACUAGAGUGAAUCGACCUAUAAUAAAACUUGAUGGUAAGAAAAUGAUCUGCGCUUGUAUGUGGGGUUUUAUGAUAGUUCUUAGCAA